AUGAAUACCAGACCCAUCCUCGACUCGGACACAGGGCCCUUUGUUCUCUCGGCAUCCUUCAACGCCGACUGCUCCCACUUCUCGGUGGCGCUGGAAACGGGGUUUCGAGUCUUCUCCUCGACAACAUGCGAAGAGCGCAUUGCAAGAGAGGUCGGCGGCGGCAUCGGAUGCGCAGAGAUGCUCGGCAACAAGAGCUAUAUUGCUUUGGUCGGAGGAGGGAAACAACCCAAAUAUCCCCAGAACAAGGUCCAAAUCUGGAACGACAAGACAGAACGCUUCACCACGUCGGUCGAGUUCAAGACGCCCAUACAGCGCGUGCGCCUGUCGCAGACGCACAUGAUUGUGGCGCUACUGAACUCGGUGUGCAUAUACAAGAUGAAGGUACCUCCAGCCAAGACGGCAGAGUACGAGACGGUCAACAACCCUUUUGGCCUGUGUGAGUUGGGAACCAGCAUUGUCGCGUUCCCUGGUAGGGCAGCGGGCCAAGUCAAGAUUUAUGACCUGAACACGGGCAACGUCAGCAUCAUUCCCGCCCACGAAAGUCCGCUGCGCGCAAUCGGCAUCAGCAGAAGCGGGGAUCUCAUCGCUACGGCCAGUGAACAAGGCACCAUCAUACGCCUGUGGUCAUUCCCUUCCUGCACCAAGCUUGCAGAGCUUCGUCGCGGCGUCGAUCCGGCUGCCGUUUUCUCUCUUGCAUUCUCGCCCGACGGCUCGACACUUGCCGUGACUUCAGACAAGUCCACGCUGCACAUCUACGAUCUCAAGACGGCAACUGCCGCCUCCCAAGCCGAUCCAGCACAGCACAAGUACGGUAUACUGUCCAAGAUUCCGCUUCUGCCCCGGCAGUUCUCCGACACAUAUCCGACCGCGACGGCCAAGUUUGAGAUGGGCGACGAGCCAACCUCUUGGGGCCCACACGGCAGAUCUGCCACCCUAAGUGCGGGUAUUCCAGGCGUACCAGGCGGCAGGCCCACAAAAGGCUUGAUAGGCUGGUUGGACGACGAGACGGUAUUAGUUCUUGGUGCCGGACAGGACGCUCGAUGGGAGCGUUUUAUCAUGGGGGCCGAUGACAAGGGGAAAAAGUGCCUUGUUGCAAAUGGAUGGAGGCGGUACAUUGAUUAG